AGGUGCUUUUCUUUCCCUUCAAAGCGAAGGGUAAGAAAACGGCCCCGAGUCCUGACGUUGCUGAGUCUGCCUGAAGAUGUUCUGUUCCACGUUCUGAAAGGCCUUCCUGCUGAGGACAUCCUCUCAGUCAGAGCCGUACACUCACAUCUUAGAUACCUUGUGGAUAAUCAUGCUAGUGUUUGGGCAUGUGCGAGCUUCCAAGAAAUAUGGCCUUCUCCCAACAAUCUGAAGAUGUUUGAAAGGGCUGCUGAGAAGGGUAACUUUGAAGCUGCUGUGAAGCUGGGGAUCGCCUACCUGUACAACGAGGGCCUGUCCAUCUCCGACGAGGGCCGCGCAGAAGUGAAUGGGCUGAAGGCGUCGCGUUUCUUCAGCCUGACGGAGCGCCUGAACGUGCGCGCGGCCCCCUUCGUCUGGCUCUUCAUCCGUCCGCCCUGGUCCCUGAGUGGAAGCUGUUGCAAAGCUGUGGUCUAUGAAAGCCUCAAAGCAGAAUGUCAGUUGGAGAAGGUUCAAAAAGCAUCUAUCCUCCACUGCUUGGCUAAGGUCUUAAGUCUCUUUGAGGAUGAAGAAAAAAGAAAAGAAUCCCUAGAAAUGUUUGAAGAAUCUUCAAAGCAGGGUUGUUUAAACAGCUCCUACCUCCUUUGGGAAAGCAACAAAAAGGCUGCUGUAAGUAAAUGUCUGUUUGUUUGAAAACAACCUUUUUGACUGUAAUGUCUGGAGCUCCGUGUGCGAUAA